AUGGCUAAAGACCUUGUUCAAUCCCGUGACGCUUCCCAAGUCUUUGGUGUUGCUAGAAUCUACGCUUCCUUCAACGAUACUUUCGUGCAUGUUACCGACCUGUCUGGUAGAGAAACCAUCUCCAGAGUCACUGGUGGUAUGAAGGUUAAGGCUGACAGAGAUGAGUCCUCUCCUUACGCUGCUAUGUUGGCCGCCCAAGAUGUUGCCGCUAAGUGUUUGGAAGUCGGUAUUACUGCUGUCCAUGUUAAGAUCAGAGCCACUGGUGGUACUAGAACCAAGACCCCAGGCCCUGGUGGUCAAGCCGCUUUGAGAGCUUUGGCUAGAUCUGGUUUGAGAAUUGGUAGAAUCGAAGACGUUACUCCAGUUCCAUCCGAUUCCACCAGAAAGAAGGGUGGUAGAAGAGGUAGAAGAUUGUGA